AUGAGAAUUCUCUGUCUACACGGCUACGGGACAACCCCCGAAAUAAUGAAACGGCAGAUGUCGCUACUCCUCAAGAUCUGUGACCCGAAAUGGGAAUUCCACUUCCUCGAAGCAAAAGUUCCAUGUCGGCCUGCGCCUGGCAUCCCCAAAGACACAGCAGGUCCCUUCCUCUGCUGGACAGAAGACUUCGGACAAGCCGAGAACAGGGCAGCGCUGGAUCUAAUCCAUCACACGUUUACGACAGAAGGGCCCUUUGACGGUGUCUUCGGGUUCAGCCAGGGCGCGUCGAUGAUUGCUGCGUACUUCCUUGAACAAGCAGCCCUACAUCCGGACCAGCCUCUACCCGUGAGAUUCGCAAUAUUCGCUUCGCCGCCGCCUAUCCUUGCCACGGACAAUGGCUACGUCGAGUCUGCAUACGGCUCCCUUUCCUCGACGAACCUGCGGUAUCUCCAGUCCGCCAGUCUAGAGUCCACGGUUCACCUCCCCGAACCAGCUCGUGCAUCCGCCACGCUCCUCAUCGAAACCCUAACACUCAUGAACCCCGUGCACGGCAAAUCCGUCUCCUACUUCUUCAACCGACCUGAACCGGACAUCCCAUGUGUCAUGCUCCCAGGUGCAUACGCGGCACGCCUGGGCAUUCCAACACUGCAUGUCCUCGCGAGGGAUGAUCCUGUUCCGCUCCAGCGCUCUUCGGAGAUUUGCAGGGAGUUUUGUGACCCCACGCGGCUCCGCGUGUUUGAGCAUAGUGCUGUGCAUGGGCUUCCGAGGGAGCCGCGGGAGGUUGGGGCGUUGGCGGAGCUUAUGGUGGGUGUUGGUGAGGGGGGUAGGGGGUCGAAAUUGUGA